AUGGCCGGAAUGCAUCAGGCUUCAGCAGGGAUUGUCAACAGAAGCCUUCGGCUCGCUUCGCCAGGAUUCCAUGAGGAGGUGGAGACCUUUUUCUUGGACUCCUCUCUGCCGGCCGAGUGCGAGGAUGCUGGAGAGAUGGAGCAUGCGGAGGAGGAAGCUGACAGCGAGGGAACUCGAGCAGACUCCACGAGCCACCAAGGUGAUUCAGAGACCAUCAGCAGCGACAAUGAGGUCGAGGACUUCUUGAGUUCGGCCUCCGAGUCGGAAGAUAGUGUGGUGGAUGAGGAUCUCUUGGAGACAGCCCCGGCAGUUGGUACUCGAGUGGAGGUCUAUUUUACGGAUGGCAGCUGGGUUCCUGCGGUAGUUACCCGUGCACGAGGCAUGCAGGCACAUGUAACUUGGGACACCAACGAGAAUAUGGAAGUACUGCGGGACCAGUGUCUUCUCGACUUCAGAGAAGAUGUCGUGCGGCUGGCUGUGGGAGGAGAACUGCCGAGUGAUUGUGGUGGGGACGACGACGAAGCUCAGCAUGUCGAAUGA